GGCUAUCUCCGUCAUAGGGAAUAAAUGUUAAAUUGGUUUGACUUCGGUGAAAGUCUAAAUUGGUUUGACCGGUGGUCAAAGAGUUAAAUGGAAACCCGUAACACCUAAAUCGUUUUGAAAAGAAAGAAAAUAAGUUGACUCUUGGUCAACCGUCUAAAGAACCGAAUGUAAAGUUGAAUUGAUUUUUAUUAAAAGGAUAAACAUAUGCACGAUCUUAAUUGUUGAAUUAUUAUGUUUAUUCUUGUGCUACAAUGGAGUAUCACUCAGCGUCAAUGCUGAGCGGAUAGCGUUGUUUUCCUUUUUGCUAUCCGUAGGUGAUCAGACAGAUGAACCUAGAGCCGAUCCCAGAAGGCAUUGAGGAGGAGAUGUAUGAUGGCGUGGCUGUCUCUUUAAUCUGCUCAUAUGCUUUAUUUAAUUAACUUUAAUGCUUAUUACGUUUUCGGGCAAGAUCCCAAGUUGUUUGACUUUAAAAAGGCUUCCGCAUUAUUUUAAAUUACUCCGAUGAAUUUUUAUAUGUAUUGAUAGAACGUUUGUUUAAAAUUGUUUUGAAAAUGUCGCAAAUUCGGAUACCAAUUCAGUGACACACCGGUCCGCUGUCUCACGGCCACAUAGUCACUCCUAUCAGUUGUGAGUCGUCAGCCCGCUCCUCUUUCUCCGAGCGACUCUGCGCGCUGAAACAGGCAGGCGACGCCGCAAUUUUGCGACAGCCAAUUAGCCACUGAGCAACAGCCGUCUAGAUGCCUUCUUCGAAGAAGAAAAACUCGAAAUCGGCCUCCAGGCUCUCCCAGACAAAUGCCAACUCCUCUGCUUCUCCAUCUCCGUCGGUGCCUUCAUCACCUUACAGUCCACCAGACUUGAACGUGGUCUCAGAACUUGAAGAUGAUCUCCGAAGCUACCUUGCCGAAGCUUCUAGAAAGUUCCCAAAUUUCAUAUCAACCGAGGCUUUCGCUGGCCGCGUUUCUGAGGACGCUCCCUCUGAUAAGGAACUGUAUUCUUCCAGAGGCUGUAAAAUUUGGCUAUCAGAAGCUUCCAUGGUCGCUUCUUCAAUUGCUACUGGGUCCAUAGUUUCGGUGUCCCUUGCUUCUUCCAUGGGUUUACUGGGAAGUUUCCCUUUAAGUGAUUUGCCAAAUGAAUGCUCAAGGCACCUUGGGUUUGAACUCAUGGAGAAAUUGGCUGACGAAGCAGGAAACUAUUUUGUUCUUGCAACUGUUUUCCCCUCCUGUAAGGUUUCAAAGCAUGCUGUUCGAUUAUCUCCAAACCUUUCGUGGUCCAUGGGCUGUCCUGUUUCUGGAAGGAUUAUUUUCGUACAUCCUGUUAUUGAUCAACCAUUAAGGAGUAUUUUAAAUGGAAAUGAUAACUUACCCAACAAUAGAGCUAAUCACAUUUCAUUAUGCAGCACCAAGGAGUUAUACUUGUCACCUCUAUCUUUGAAGGGCACUUUUAUGGCAAAGAGAACUUUAUCUUCUCAAGGAGAGUCAUCUGCUGCAACGCUAAAUGGUCGAGGUGAGAAUAGAAAAAUUUCACCCCCAACAACUCCAUUGCCCUCUCAUGCAAGACUUAGCUCCCCGGGACCUUAUGACUCGUCAAAUGCAUCAAGUUAUCAAGAAUCAGUCUCGAAUUCAUCUGAUUCAUAUGGUGCAUCUAGCAAUAUGACUUUCAUCAAGGAAGUUCUAGAGGAUGAGACUUCAAGAACACUUGUACAAACAUGUAUCGGAUUGUCAUUAUAUUCUCGAAAUUUACUUUGGGGAAAUCUUGUGACCGUCCCAGUACUUUCCAGGCUCUGGACAUUUCUUAUUACAGGUGCCAGAAAAUUAUCUACACAUGAGAAUCAUUGCUCAAAGGACCAAAGUGAUCAGAAACCUUUUCCACAUUCCGCAGAUUUGGAGGACCAUAACAGCAUUUCUUUCUUAAUUAAUCAAGAAACUAGCGUUCAUGUACAUCUGCCACGAGAUAUUGAAGACGUUCCUCCAAAAAGAAGAGUUGUUUUGACAAAACAUGGGCGUGGGGAUGGAGAAUUUAAUAUUGGGUUUGAUGAUUCUAAAUUGGGUGGCCUUACAAAAAAAAUUACCGAACUGAACGACAUUAUAAUAUCAUCAGCAGUGAAAGGCACUCUUGCUAGCAUGGGUUUACGACCUGCAAAAGGAGUGCUUCUUCAUGGACCACCUGGAACGGGAAAGACUUGUUUGGCUCAGUUUUGUGCUCAUUCCACUGGUGUGAACUUUUUCUCCGUGAAAGGGCCUGAAAUUAUAAGUCAGUAUCAUGGAGAGAGCGAACGAGCAUUGCAUGAAAUUUUUAAUUCAGCUGGACAGGCUUCACCCGCUGUGAUUUUCAUUGAUGAGGUGGAUGCGAUAGCACCUACGCGUGCAGAUGGAAGUGACGAGCUUUCUCAAAGAAUGGUAGCAACCUUGUUGAACUUGAUGGAUGGAAUAAGCAGAACUGACGGGGUGCUUGCCAUUGCAGCAACCAACAGGCCAGACAGUAUUGAGCCUGCACUUAGACGGCCUGGAAGAUUUGACCGAGAAAUUGAAAUAGGAGUACCAUCUCCAAGACAACGUUACGAGAUAUUAAUGGUUUUACUUGGGGAGAUGGAGCACUCGCUUUUGGACAAGGAUAUUCAACGUCUUGCAACGGCCACUCAUGGUUUUGUUGGCGCUGAUCUAGCAGCUCUGUGCAAUGAAGCAGCCCUUAUUUGUCUCAGGAGGCAUGUUAACUUGAAAAUGUCAUAUGGCAAUUCAAAUAUCAAGACAUCAAUUCAUCAACAUAAUGGUUUCUCUUGUAGACAUAUAAAUGUUCCCCUUUGCUUAGAAAAAAGUAAAGUCCAGACUAUCAACGGUGCUAUAAUGGAGGGCUCAUCCUUAAUAACAGAACCAUGCAUUUCACAAGAUAUUCAAAAUCUAACAGUGACAGUUGAUGACUUUGAAAGUGCUAGAUUUAAAGUAAGGCCAAGUGCCAUGAGAGAGGUUAUAAUAGAGGUUCCUAAGGUUAAGUGGGAAGACGUUGGUGGACAGAGGGAGGUUAAGAUGCAACUGAUGGAAGCUGUAGAGUGGCCCCAAAAACACCAGGAAGCAUUUAAACGGAUUGGGACCCGCCCCCCAACUGGGGUUAUGUUGUUUGGCCCCCCUGGAUGUAGCAAAACACUCUUGGCUCGUGCUGUUGCUUCUGAAGCUGGACUAAAUUUUCUUGCUGUGAAGGGACCCGAGCUUUUCAGCAAAUGGGUUGGUGAGUCAGAAAAGGCUGUUAGAGCUCUGUUUGCUAAAGCAAGGGCGAACGCCCCCUCUAUCAUAUUUUUUGAUGAAAUUGAUGGUCUGGCUGUUGUCCGUGGGAAAGAGACUGAUGGGGUUUCGGUUGCGGAUCGAGUGAUGAGCCAACUUCUUGUUGAAAUGGAUGGUUUGCACCAGAGAGUUAAUGUUACUGUCAUUGCUGCUACAAAUCGACCAGACAAGAUAGAUCCUGCCCUUCUAAGACCAGGCCGUUUUGAUCGGCUCCUAUACGUGGGUCCACCGGAUGAAAAUGACCGUGAGGAUAUAUUCAACAUUCAUUUGCGCAAGACUCCAUGUGGUUCUGAUGUGUGCGUCAAAGAGCUUGCUCUUCUAACCAAAGGGUGUACAGGUGCCGAUAUAUCCCUUAUCUGCCGUGAAGCAGCCAUGGCAGCCAUUGAAGAGAACCUAGGGGCCUCAGAAUUAACAAUGGAGCACUUGAAGACUGGCAUUCGUAGUGUGCAGCCAUCAGAAGUUCUAUCGUACACGGAGUUAUCAACUAAGUUUCAGAGACUCGUUCUCUCAUCUACUCAUUGAGAUGAUUUGACUUCCCCAACAUGCUGAAAUAUAUGAAGGCAAAUACAAAUUUGGCACUGGAUUCUCUUCCCCUUUGACAUAUCUCAACUACACAAGGUGUGUACUUAUUCGGAGAAGAUCUAAAAUUAAUGUUCUUAUGGGUGAGCUGGAAAGACUGAUUUUUGGAUUGCACGAACUUGUGAUUCAUCCUUCAACCAUUCAUUGUGAUCAACUAGUUCGGGUCCCCUCACAGCAGGACAUUUUGACGAGUUUUGGGCUAAUUAUGAGAUUGCUUAUAAUUUAGUCAUCAAUGCCGCCAAUGCUAAUUAUGGAGAUUCUGGUCAGUGGGUCGUAGGAGUUCAUGCCACCUUCUAUGGAGGACGUGGUGAUCCCGAUGACAUCGGUAAUUAAUUUAUCUUCUUUUAUAAUUAAUACGGAGUAAUUACAUAUAACUAGGGUAGGUGAAAUGAAAUUGUGAAUUUGUAGUCAUAUACAAUAGGUAAAGGAUAAGAAUGUUCACUCUCUUAAGAUCGGUGUGAAAUGUGGACCUCACACUUUUCAUGACAUGUGAAUCUUUUAUCUUUUCAAAGAGCCUAAUUCAUCCAUGAUAUUUAUAUACUAAGAUCGAUAAAAUAAAUGUGGACUUUAAGA